AAAAUUUUGGGGAAUACUGGACGCCAUGUUGUGGAAACUAGCAGACAAUGUCAAGUACGAAGAAGACUGCGAGGACCGGCAUGAUGGAAGCAGCAAUGGGAAUCCCAGAUUGCCCCACCUCUCUGCUGUCAGCCAGCAUCUCUACAGCCCAGCUCCCCCUCUUUCCCACUCGGGGACCUCUGAUUUCCAGCCACCUUAUUUCCCUCCCCCCUAUCAGCCUUUGCCUUACUCCCAGUCCAGUGAUCCUUACUCACACCUUGGGGAUCCUUUUUCCAUCAACGCACUUCACCAGCCACCACCACCACCUCCCAGCCAGCAGCAAACCAGCUGGCCCAACCGUCAGACCAACCAAGAUCCUUCUGGUUUAUCCCAUCAUGCCCGAUCGGGCUUGGUGCCUCAUCUCCCAGCUCUGGAAAGUGGCUCUGUUGGGGUACGAAGGGACACCUACAGGCGAUCUGAGCUGCUCCUGCCCCAUGGCCAUGGGCUCGAUGCUUCCAGCCUAGCAGAAAACCUAGGACUGCAUGACAUGACCCACCAGAUGGAAGAGGUGCAGAAUGUGGAAGAUCAGCACUUAUUAAUGCAUGACCAGACAGUCAUUAGAAAAGGUCCCAUUUCACUAACGAAAAACAAUGCAUUAGGUCUUCCUUGCCAGAAAGAUGGACUUCUGGGAGUAGUGAUCAACCCCAAUGAAGUGUUCUGCUCCGUUCCUGGGCGGCUUUCUCUCCUCAGUUCGACAUCAAAAUACAAAGUGACAGUUGCAGAGGUUCAGCGAAGACUGUCUCCUCCCGAAUGUCUCAAUGCAUCUCUGCUGGGAGGGGUCCUCAGAAGAGCCAAAUCUAAAAACGGGGGCCGCUCACUAAGGGAGAAGCUGGACAAAAUUGGCUUGAACCUUCCUGCGGGCAGAAGGAAAGCUGCAAAUGUGACAUUACUUACGUCAUUGGUGGAAGGUGAAGCUGUACAUCUUGCCCGGGAUUUUGGCUAUGUGUGUGAAACCGAAUUCCCUUCUAAAGCUGUGGCUGAAUAUUUAACUCGGCCUCAUCUGGGCCGGAAUGAGAUGGCCAGCAGGAAGAACAUGCUCCUUGCCGCAAAACAGAUCUGUAAAGAAUUCACAGAGCUCCUCACUCAGGAUCGAACCCCUCUUGGUAACGCGAGGCCAAGCCCUAUCUUAGACCCUGGCAUCCAGGGAUGUUUGACUCACUUCAGCCUGAUCACACAUGGAUUUGGGAGCGCUGCAAUCUGUGCUGCGAUGACAUCUGUGCAGAACUACCUGAAUGAGGCGCUCAAACUAGCAGACAAAUCAUAUAUGAAUGCAGGAGAUCAAAGCCCCCAAGAUGCCAAUAAAAACCUUGAGAAGAUGGACAAGCACCGGAAGUGAGCAUGAAAGGAUGACAGAGACACACACAGAGAAGACCGACUUAAAAACUGUUACUGCACACAGACUUAAGAUCUUCUUGCCUAGAGGGCAUGUAGAUAUCUAUUAGAACUUGCUUUGGGGCAUCUUUUUUUAAAUUUUCAACCACAUCCUUUUCUGGAGACACGUGUGUCUCUUUCUCUUCUUUAAAGCUGCUGUUAUCCAUUCAUUUGGGACCAGGUACCCGAAGGUAAACAUGGAUAUAUCCUUUUAAUUUUUUUAAAAAAAUUUAAAUUGUAAAAGGUGGUGCUAUCUCUUUUUCCUUGUAUGGAAAUUUGUUACAUGGUAUAUCUGGACACUUUCAGGCAAUGUUUUUCCUCCAAUACACUUUGCGCAGUGGAAUCUCAGUGAAAUUCAGCAAUAAACCAGUUUUAGCAGGAUGUGAAUAAAUGUACUGAAGUCACAUGCUCACAUGCUCUCCCUCCAUGAGAAAGAGAAGUGAACACAUCUACUUUCUGUUCAAGGUUUAUUGUUGCAUCUGAAAAUUGCAAGCUGUGGUUUACGGAAAUAUCAUAAGCUGUAAUUUGAUUCUCAUUGUUUUGAUUAGCCAAGGUUUUUUUUAAACCUCCUCAGAUGCAUCAGUAAGCCAUAAUUAAACAAGAAGCAGAUGUUUCAGUAUUCAUUGCCACUGCCAAAGGACCAGAUUUGUAGGUGUGUGAGAGAUGCAGAACGGAGAAGAAAGUGCAUUGGCUAGAGCAAGUUCAUUUAACAUUACGGCUAAGCAUUGUAAAUCAGGCUGCUAGGAGAGUUCAUGCCCACAGCUUGUGGAACAGGCUCGCUGUGAUUGUGUAGGAGUUUGCAAGUGAAGCUUUGGCAAACUAAUGAAUUUCAGAGGGAUAAUUAAAAAGUUCCAAUGUGCUGUGUGAUUCAGGCAAGGGCCUGAUCAUAUUCUAAGCACAGUGGCCUCCAUGGAUGCUCAGGCAUUCACGACAUCGCUAGAUGGUGCAUGAGGAACCCUCCACCCCACCCAAAAAAGGAGAAAUCUCACCCAGUCACCAAAUCACAUGGAUUUCAGUGGCCUCAAUUGCUGAAAUCUCAUGACAUUAAUCUUGCGGCAUCUUAGCCUUGUAUUGUGUUGUUUUGCACCUGCGUCCUGUGAUAUAUCCUGAACAAGUUACCAAUGCUUACUCAAGAUGUUUCAGUUUUAAGUGUGCAUCUACAUGGAGGUUCUACUAUUAUUUUGAUGGAAACCAGCAAGCAGAACAUAAUACAGUAUUAGCCCCUGUUUUUCUGAGUUUUUGACAAAAUACUGAGAUUUCUGAUUUAAUUUUAGAGAAGAUCCAGACAGGAAUCAAGUAAAAUAAUGUGGUAGAUAGUUCUGAACAUGUUUACCUUAAAAAGAAAAAGAAAAGUUUUGAUUUCUAGGUGUAAUUCAAGAAACGCUGCUAAAGCAUAUUUUAAUACAAUGAGGUUUAUGCAGGUCUUACACAAAUAGAGUUGCAAGACUGAAAUGUUCUGUAGCAGAUCUUUUUUAUUCAAGGAGGAGUUACUUUGAGCUAAUAUUAAAACCUUAUUUUUUCAUCCACUUCAAAAACAUCAAGAGAUACUGCAGCUUUAUGUGCAUCAUCAGGUCAUUAUUUUUAAUUAAAAAAGGAAAAAAAC